CAAACAUCACCCACACGUCAAAGACACACUACAGAGAGUGCACAGUGUAACUCUCCCACUCUUUGUCUAGCAGCUUCUUUACAGUAUAACUAACCCCACCUACCAAUUCCUAGUCCUCAUCUGUGAUGCUCUUCGAGAUAGCCCCUUCAAGCACAACCAUUAUUUACUCACGUCACUGUCAUUUUCUUGACACCCAACAUUACAUUAAAUACUACAUUGUAGUGUCAACCUCAUUGGAAAGCUUUUGGGAAUUUCAUUUUUACUGCUUUGGCUUUUUUCUCGCUUCUUGACAAGUAAGAGAGCUUUUUACUGUGCUUGUGCUUUUGUAAUUGUGGGUUGAGAAAUUAUGGGUUUGUUUUCCUUUUGAGUCAUUAUUGUCAUUUACUGUUAGUUCUGAUUAACUGAGUCCCUUUUUCGCUGCAUAUAAAAAAUGUAGGGUUUUACUGUCAAGAAAGUUGGAUUCCUUUUUAUUUUGGCCUUUUGGGUUAGUUAAAAAGUUGAGUGGGGCGUGUAUUUAUUGUGGAAUGAUUUGUUGGAAUUAUUGCAAUUCUGUUGAUUCAGCUACCGUGUACUUCGAAUGGUUGCUUCGCUGAGGAGGAAUACCUUUUCGAGAUUUUGUUUCUGUGGAAAAUAAUUGUUCUGUAAUUUAAAUUUUGUUCUUGCAGUUUCAUAUUUUUGGAAUUGGUUGUCAUAUUUGUGAAUUUAGUUGUCUACUGAGCUUUUCAAUUUCUUGAAGUUAUAUGGAGUUAUUUCUUGAAAUUCUUUAGCCGCUUCCCUCAGUUUCUAAGUCCACGAGUCCAAUAUACCUUCAUUGGUUUUAUGGGAAGAAUGCAGUCCAUUUGUUUUGUGUUAAUGUUGUUUGUAAAAAUAACAGUAGGGAAACUAGACACAGACGCGUUGGUGGAGUUAAAAAAUGGAAUUCAGAACGACCCUACAGGGAAAGUUCUUGAUUCAUGGGAUCCCAAGUCAUUGGCAUCUGACGGGUGCCCCAAGGAUUGGUUUGGUAUAAGUUGCAUUGACGGCAGGGUGACUUCAAUCAUACUGAAUGAUUUAGGUCUAGUUGGAGAAUUUAGUUUCUCUGCUAUUUCCGGACUCCAAAUGCUUCAAAACUUAUCCAUUUCUAACAAUCAAUUCACCGGCAUGAUCUCGAAAGAGGUCGGUUUUAUUGAAUCAUUGGCAAGUUUGGAUCUUUCUCGAAAUUUUUUUACUGGAUCAAUUCCCUCUCUAUUGACCGGUUUAAAGAACUUGAUGCUCUUAAAUCUUUCAUCAAACAACUUGGCUGGAGAAAUUCCCUCUGGUUUUACUGAUCUUGAGCUGUUAAAAUAUCUGGAUUUGCACUCUAAUGAUUUUUCAGGAAAUGUAAUGGGCCUUUUGGCUCAUUUAGGUGGUGUGAUGUAUGUUGACCUCAGCAGCAAUAAAUUUUCGGGAUCUUUGGACCUCGGAAUAGGGACUUCCGAAUUUGUUUCUUCGAUUCAGUAUUUGAAUAUCAGUCAUAAUAACUUGACUGGAGAGCUCUUCCCUCAUGAUGGAAUGCCAUUUUUCGACAGUCUAGAGGUGUUUGAUGCGAGUAAUAGUCAUUUUACUGGAAAUGUUCCUAAAUUUACUUUUAUUGUCUCCCUCCAAGUAAUCAAGCUUAGCAACAAUCUGUUGUCUGGUUCACUGCCACAAGGUCUUUUGCAGGAGAGCUCAAUGGUCUUGUCUGAAUUGGAUCUCAGCCUUAAUCAGAUAGAAGGUCCGGUAGGAAGUAUUACUUCUGGGAAUCUGAAGAAUCUAAAUUUGUCUUCUAACAGGCUAUCAGGCCCCUUGCCUGCUAGAGUAGGGCAUUGUUCUGUCAUAGACCUGAGUAAUAAUAUGUUCACGGGAAACUUCUCCAAAAUUCAGAGUUGGGGAGAUUAUGUUGAGGUUAUUGCAUUAAGCUCUAAUGCAUUGACUGGGCCAUUGCCGAACCAAACUUCUCAAUUCUUGAGGCUUACUUCAUUAAAGAUUUCCAACAACUCGCUAGAAGGAGUUAUCCCGCCUGUUCUAGGAACAUAUCCAGAAUUAAAAGACAUUGAUUUUAGCCUUAAUCAACUUAACGGUUUCCUCCUUCCUAGCCUUUUUAACUCGACAAAAUUGACCAAUAUUAACUUCUCUUUCAACAACUUCACUGGCACAAUUCCCAUUCAGGCUUUUAUCAACCAAAAUUACAGCCUGGAAUCUCUUGAUCUGUCACAUAAUGCACUUACAGGAAACUUGCCCCCUGAGCUUGUUAAGUUUCAGAAUAUGGUACAUCUUGACUUAUCUAACAACCAUCUUGAAGGUGACAUCCCUGAUGAUCUCCCUGGCACAAUGAGAGGAUUUAAUGUAUCUUACAAUAAUCUAUCUGGAGUCGUACCAAAAAACUUGGAGAGGUUUCCUGGUUCAGCAUUUCAUCCUGGAAAUUCCUUGCUCAUUCUCCAGAAUGAAGCAUUGUCACCAAAAAUUGGACCCAAUCUAAGUUUUGGGAGGCAUCAUUCUCAAACGAAAUCUGCUAUCAGGCCUGCCCUUAUUGCUUGCCUGGUUGCUGGUGCUUCUGUUAUGGCUUUAUUGACGAUGAUGAUCUAUUGCAGAACGCAUCGAGCAUGUGGAGAGAAGACAACCUCAAAAGACUCCAGUGCAAAGAAAGAUUUAUCUUCAUUACUAAUCGAAUCUGGUUCUCAUCCUCGAGCAAUCUCAUCAGACACACGUGGAUCCAAAGAUCAAAACCUUCCUGAAUCAACUAGUAAAUCUGCAAUAUCAGCUGCUGACUCAACACCUUCAAGGAUUCCGCAGCUAUCUGAAAAUCCCAGUGCGCUUAAGGUUUGUUCUCCAGAUAAACUGGCUGGAGAUCUACAUCUUUUUGAUGACUCCUUGAAAUUCACCGCAGAAGAGCUAUCAUCAGCACCUGCAGAAGUUAUCGGUAUGAGUUGCCAUGGAACACUGUACAAGGCCAUGCUUAGUUCAGGUCAUGAGUUGGCUGUGAGAUGGCUAAAAGAAGGGAUAGCGAAAGGUAGAAAAGAAUUUGCAAGAGAAGCAAUGAAACUAGGAAAUAUUAGACAUCCAAAUUUGGUUUCCCUUCAGGGAUUUUAUUGGGGUCCCAAGGAGCAUGAGAAGCUAAUCAUAUCUAAUUAUAUUAAUGCUCCAUGUUUGGCGCUCUAUCUUCACGAGACAGAUCCCAGAACACUCCCUCCAUUGUCUCUCGAUGAUAGGUUCAAGAUCGCUCUUGAUGUCGCUCGAUGUCUUAGUUACCUACAUAAUGAAAGUGCCAUACCUCAUGGCAACCUGAAAUCCACUAACAUUUUAAUUGAAAUUUCUAACACAAACGCACUCCUGACUGAUUAUAGUCUCCAUCGGUUAUUGACAUCAACUGGGACAGCCGAACAGGUGUUAAUCGCAGGUGCUCUUGGCUACAUGCCACCUGAAUUCACUAGUACAAGUAAACCUUGCCCAUCAUUGAAGAGUGAUGUAUAUGCUUUUGGGGUGAUUCUGCUUGAGCUCUUGACGGGAAAGAAUUCAGCAGAAAUUGUUCCGUGUGAGCCAGAAGUGAUGGACCUAACAGAAUGGGUGAGGCUUUUGGCUGCAGAGAACCGGUCGAUUGAGUGUUUUGAUCAACAGAUCAUAGAAAUAAGAAACACGAAGCGCCCACUGAAAAUUCUUGACACCGUACUUCAGAUUGCUCUCAAAUGUAUUCUUCCUGCAGCAGAAAGACCUGACAUGAAGAUGGUUUACGAAGAUCUUUCCUUUAUCGGACGAUAACAUGCCAAAAGUACAUCAGAAUCUUCAUUUGACUGCGAGUUAUGUUGCUAAUCAUUUGUUGUUUACUGUUAUUAUAUCCUGUAGUUGUGUAGUUCAACUUCAUUUCUUGAUCAGCAAUCCAGCUUAGAUUUGGUCUUGUAACUGGGGGGGAAAACAUGAAAUUCUUUGUAUGUGGUAACUAGAUUCUUUCAGUACGUCGAAUUGUAAUUUGGGUUGCAGCAUUUCUUCUGUAAACUAAAUUAUGGCCAGUUCUGUGUAUCUAUGGAGAUUUUAGUUCAAGCUGAAA